AUGCAGCCAAUAAAUUUUACGGCAGCAAAUGAGGAUAAUAAACUGUAUACUUAUGAUCUAAGAAAACUUAAUCAGGCAUUAAGAGUACAUAAAGAUUUUGUUAAUGCUGUGUUGGAUGUAGAUUAUUCUCCAACUGGUAAGGAGUUUGUUGCUGCUUCCUUUGAUGGUACUUUGCGUAUAUUUAAGACAGAAGAAGGAAGAAGUCGUGAUGUAUAUCAUACAAGACGCAUGCAAAGUGUAUUAAGUUGUCGUUAUUCAUCCGAUAGCCGAUUCGUGUUUAGCGGAUCAGCAGAUAUGUGCCUGAGGGUUUGGAAGAGCGAAGCAGCAGCACCUCUUGGUCCUCAAUCUUAUAAACAAAGAUUAUCUAUUCAUUAUAGAAAUAAAUUAACACAAAAAUAUUCACAAUUACCCGAAAUUAAACGAAUAGAAAGACAUCACCAUGUGCCCAAGUUGAUUAAGAAGACACAAGAAAAGAAACGCAUUAUGGAGGAGGCAGUCAAGAGAAGGGAGGACAACCGUAUUGCACAUUCUCGUCCUGGUAAACAUUCUCGUGUACCAGAGAGAAAGAAAUCCAUUUAUAAAGAAAUUGAAUAA